CAAAAAAUGUGUGUAAGUAUAAAAGUGGUUGUCUAUUCACUCAUCAUAAGCAUAAAUCUUGUAGCUGUUAAGCAGCACAGUUGUGGAUUAUAGACGAUUUUGAAGUGAAGUGAAAUUGAAGGAUUAAUUAAGGAUACAAUGAAGAUAUUUUGUUGUUGUUUGCUUGCGGCAGUAUUUUCAGUGGCAUUGGCCGAUGUUAAACAUGUUAAAGAAAGUGCAGUGGAGAAAAAAGUAGAGGCGCUUGCGUCAGAUAAAAGUAGUGAUUCCAAACCCAAAAGAGAUGCGUCUCAUGUGAGUGGAGUUUACCAUGGACCUUCAUAUAAAUAUUUGCCUCCAUCUUCCAUUUCUUCUUCAUACGAUACUUAUUCUGGAAGUGUUGGCAGUGGUGGACAUAUUUCUGGUGUAGGAGGUGGUUAUAGUUCGGGUGGAUUUGGUCAUAAUCAUCAUGGUUUUUCCUCCUCUGGUCAUCAUAGCAGUGGUGCUUCACAUGGUCUUGGCUAUACCCCAUCAGCAAGUUAUCACGGCAGUGGUAAUCAUGGUUUAGGUUUUACUUCUUCUAGCCAUUAUACUGGCCAUGGAUCUGCGCUACAUUCUGGAGGAUUUAAAGGUGGAGUGAGUUCUCAUAAAGGAGUUUCGUUCGGUCAUAAUGACUUUGCUAGUCGUCCCCAUUCUUAUGCUGCCGGUCAUGGUUACAGUUCAUCCGGGUCUAGCUCGACUGGCGUAGGAUACAAAUUACAUACACAUUCUUUAGGCGGUGCUCAGGAACACAUUUAUGUAAUUUCAAGUGGACCUUCCGGUUUUGGUAACUCCCAUGGUUCUGCUUCAGGUGGCCACGAAGUGCCAACUGGUUCAUAUUUACCACCUGUGCAGCAACAUCCUUUGCCUUCCAGCAGUUAUGGUGUACCAUUUGCUACCGUAGGGGAUUCAUACAACACAAAAUACCACUCUCAAAUUUCUUCAGUUAAAGACCAUGGUCCAGCUUAUGCUGCAGGUCACAAGGGAUUGGGCCACUUUAGUUUUGCUGCCAAUAAACCUCAAGUAUUACAUACUAGCAUUACUGGAUCGAAUAAACCUCAAGUAUUACACACCAGCAUAACGGGAUCUAGUUUCAAUCAACCUUCUUAUUCCAAAGCUCCUUUUAAGCCAUCUGAGUUUUUGGGUGCCAAAUUUGAAGGUUCCGCCUAUAACGAAGCUCCCGGUCAGCAAUAUUUGCCUCCUUCAGGAGUAGGAACUGAUACUACAGGUUAUGACUAUCCUAUACCUCCUGGAUCAUCUAUAAAUUUCCAAGAACCCAGUUACCAACAAACUGUAGAAGUACAAACAACAUCUGUACAUGAACCUGAAUCUUCUUAUCUACCACCCAAUAACCAUGAGGGCUCAUUUAAUGAAAUUUCUUCUGCCGCCAGUGGUAAUUACUUGCCACCUAGCAAUACCUAUGGAGUUCCAUAUUCUCAUUAGAAAAUAUGUUUAAACUAAAUUCAUUUAAUUUUUUUAAAUCCCUUUAGUUGAUAUAAUUUAUUGCAUUUAUAUAUCUAAUUUAUGUAUGUAAAAAAAUUUCAUUUAAACAAAACAAACAUGUAUUAUCAGUUAAAAAAUAAAAUUUGUACAUAGUCAACAAAAAAAUGUUUGAAAAAUUUAAAAUUCAUCUCACAAUUGGCAUGAUGUCAAUCACUAUUAAAAAUAACUUUCCCACUUUGGCUGGCUCACAAAUGAAGUAGAUUAAUCAAGUAAUAAACAAUAUUAAAGAAACUUUGUAUCUUGUCAAAGUAUUAUUCGAAACGAUAACAAGAAUUUUAUUAAAAGCGUAAAAAGUGUUUUUGUUUUUAAUAUGCAAAGAGGUGCAUUACAAAACUGGUGGAUCUGAACAUUAUGGACAUUUAAAAAUUAUCA